UCUUCCUUGAAACUCACGCCCCCUGAUUCCUUGGAAAGGCUGCUGUUGAGCUCGCCAUGCACUGUCAGGGAAAGAGAUGGCUUGGAGCCUCUGGCCUCAGAUUGUUAUCGCCAUUCUAGAAGUUUCCAAGCUCCCUGCAAGCAGUGAAAUCUCCCUCCCAGCCCGGUGGUGAUUCAAGACUGCGGGAAAUGGGGGUGGUGUCACCGUCAAUGUGCUCCAUCUCUGUUUGGGGAUAUGGAUUCCUGUCGGUGACAGUUAUUAAUCUGGCGUCUCUCCUCGGCUUGCUUUUGACUCCGCUGAUAAAGAAGUCUUAUUUCCCUAAGAUUUUGACCUAUUUUGUCGGGCUGGCUAUUGGGACGCUGUUUUCAAAUGCUAUUUUCCAGCUGAUUCCAGAGGCAUUUGGAUUCAAUCCCAAAGUCGACAACUAUGUAGAGAAGGCCGUGGCUGUGUUUGGUGGAUUUUACGUACUUUUCUUUGUUGAAAGAAUUCUUAAGAUGUUGCUAAAGACCUAUGGUCAGAAUGAUCAUUCCCACUUUGGAAACAAUGACUUUGGUCCUCCCCAAGAAAAACCUCAUCAGCCCAAAGCAUUGCCGGCCAUCAACGGAGUGACGUGCUACGCCAACCCCGCUGUCACGGAGCCCAACGGACACAUCCACUUUGAUAACAUCAGCGUGGUGUCUCUCCAGGACGGGAAGAAGGAGUCCAGCUCGUGCACCUGCCUGAAUGGGCCCAAGCUGUCGGACAUCGGCACCAUCGCCUGGAUGAUCACGCUCAGUGAUGCCCUCCACAACUUCAUCGAUGGGCUGGCCAUCGGGGCCUCCUGUACCUUGUCCCUCCUCCAGGGCCUCAGCACCUCCAUAGCCAUCCUGUGCGAGGAGUUUCCUCACGAGCUAGGGGACUUCGUGAUCCUGCUCAAUGCGGGCAUGAGCACCCGGCAGGCCCUGCUCUUCAACUUCCUGUCUGCCUGCUCCUGCUACGUCGGCCUGGCUUUCGGCAUCCUGGUGGGCAACAAUUUCGCUCCCAACAUUAUAUUUGCGCUCGCUGGAGGCAUGUUCCUUUAUAUUUCUCUGGCAGACAUGUUUCCUGAGAUGAACGACAUGCUGAGGGAGAAGGUGACAGGCCGCAGGACCGACCUCACCUUCUUCAUGAUCCAGAAUGCGGGCAUGCUGACCGGCUUUGCCACCAUCCUGCUCAUCACCCUGUAUGCUGGCGACAUCGAGCUGGAGUGACGGGCCGGGGCGGCAGGAGCAUCUGGUGCAUCAAACAUCUCCAGAGGGACUUCUAAGCUGAUCCCGUGUAGUUAAAAUGUAAUUUUGUUCAGCUGUAGGUCAAGGAAGGUGAUGAUUGGUUUCAUAUCUGUGCAAGAGGCCAUUAUUUGCUGUUUAAAUGCUUCAAAAUGUCUCCCGCUCCAGUCCCAAGAGCCCGGUUAAAGGAGAUUUGGUCAGUUCCCAUGUUCCCCUGAUCCCCACAGUAGAAAACCACCCCAAAGCCAGAGCCACACACUCUGUAGGGACUUAGACACCAAGACCCAGAGGAAGGCACAGGCAGUCCCAUGAGGUUCUGCCACUCUGUGGCGGGGUCAGAGGCUGGAGGGUUUCGGAGGUUUGCGCCCAGUUAAUUUGCUCCCAGUUAAUUUGCAAGCACAGCAAAGUGUGGAGGUGUGGGGGCACCGGGAGGCUUUCGGCGUCCGUCCUGGCUCUGUCCCGCUUUUCUCUUUAGCUGUGGGGACUUGUAGGAUCAUUUGAAAGCCAUUCUAGAAUAGCAGGAAUCAUGAAAUCGGGAAGUUGUGCCACCCUACUGCACUGUCCCUUCGUGUCCGCCCCACCGGGUCCCCCCAAGGGCCAGCUGGCUUUGCUGUGGCUGGCGGGGCAGGGGCCCAUCGGUGGAGGGCAGGUGUGUGCUGGGUACCCCGCCAGCUGGGGACACCGUGUGCUCGCAGAAGGGGCCCCCGGCUUGGUCCCUAGGCAGAGGUGGACCGUAAUGUGAAGACAUAUACUUUCGAAGAUGAAACAAUUACUCAGCAAAGACUGCUUUAAAUAAAUGGAGAGCAGAGGCCGGACUGCCCAUGUUCAGGGUGAGGAGCAGGCGGCGCGGUGCCUUAUGGGAGUGAGAGCCAUUGAGGGAUGACUGGGUGUGCAGCCUACAUUUUUUCUACGUGGCAGAUACAUGUUGAAAACAAUUUAGUGCUCUGUGUUGUUUUUCUACCUUUUCUAAAGAUAGGGCCUGUUUACUUAUUUAGGAAAUAGAGAAAGUUGGCCUAAAAUCGAGCUUCCUAACCCAGUUGACACUCCCAAAACACUUAAAGAAAUAGGAUUUGACAGGAAAAUGACUGGGAGAAGCCAACACUGGUCUCAGGAGUGGCGUUUUCCCGCAGAAUGUAAAGUGCUGUCUGCAGCAGCAAUGCAGGUUGGGGCUGUUCACCAGGUGGGUUCAAAUGUAGCUCACUCGCUGGCCAAAAGUACCAAUCACUGUUUAACCAAAAAGUAAACACCUUUAAAACCAUGGGUGGUGGUGUCCACUGUCCGCUUAGCAUGUACCUGUGUGAGUGACUCUUGUAUCUGGCAUUAUGGGGGAGGGAGAGAAACAGGAAAUUGAUGAUAUGUUUAUUUCUAAGAGCCAGCAAAUAAAAACUAUAAAGAUUAAUCAUUGUUCAUUAAAAUAAGUAAAAACUAUGUAUUUUUAUAAUUUUCAUCGGAUUGCAUUUGAUCUUAGGAAAUAAUGUUUACCAUUUAAAGCACAGAUUCUAUGUCUGGGUUAAGCUGUUUACGAUGUGGUAUUAAAACAAGACGGGUUAACACACUCCCACUUGGUGCAGGCUGCUGUGUGUGUGGUGUAGGCUGCUAUGUG